AUGCGCCAAAAACGAGCGAAAGCUUAUCGCAAACUUAUGGAGCUCUACUCGAUGUCGUUUGGCUUCAGGCAACCAUACCAAGUGCUUGUCGAUGCUGAAUUUUGCAAGACCUCGAUCGAGGCAAAGACUGAACUGUCGAAGCAAAUCUCAUCCGUUCUUCAAGGCGACGUCAAACCCAUGAUUACACAAUGUUGCAUUCAUGAACUUUACUUGCAAGGCAAAGGGCAACAACCUGCUGUCGACCUAGCCAAGCAGUUUGAGCGCAGGAAAUGUAACCAUCGGGAACCAAUCCCUGGUGACGACUGUUUAGCCAGCGUAGUCGGCGAGGCCAACAAACAUCGUUAUGUGGUCGCGACCCAGUCGCAACCUCUCCGAGCAAGAUUACGCGCAAUUGUCGCUGUCCCAAUCGUGCAUGUUAACCGUUCUGUUAUGAUACUCGAACCACCCAGCGAUGUGACAUUGGCGGCCAAAGAAAAGCGCGAAGAGCAUGCUCUGCAUGCAACGAAGUCGGAGAAAACAGCCCUCCCUACACCAACAGAACCGAUAAAGAAGAAGAAAGGCGCCAAGGGUCCGAAUCCAUUGAGCGUCAAGAAGAAGAAAGUUGAACCACCAUCCUCAAAUGUCACUGGUCAGAAGAGAAGAAGAGACGAGGAGACUGAGGAGGUUGCUGCGCCAAAGAAGAAAAGGAGAAGGAAAGCUAAAACCACCGAAAACGUAGAGGAGUAG